AUGGGGGUGCAAUUCUUCACUAAUUGGGAGUUAUGGGAGCAGUUGACUUUUGUGUUAGCCGCAGGCAUCGUGGUGGUGUUUAUAAUAGGGUGGAUCAAACUAUGGUGGAUGCAGAGGCUGCUUAAGAAACAUACCUUGCUUGACGAGGAGAAACGCGCUCGGCAGACGGAAAUGCGCAAGAGCGGGCUUCCUGUUGGGAGAAGGGUCGACAUUCCUUUCGGCGUGCGCGCCAUCCAGAGCGGCGUAGAAGUCGAGGGCAUCUGGAUUUCUCGCCCUGCUACCCCCAUAGACACCCGUAGCUCCAGCAAGGCUUCCUCUACAACUCUGGAUAUCGACAGUGAAGUCAGGCCUCAAGAUAAAGGAAAGGCCGUAAACAGGCCAACUGCCACAGUCUCCGAAGUUGAGCCCACCCCGAGACCAAGUCCGCGCAUUAGCCCGACGGGUAGUCACUUCGACCCAAGCAUCCGUCAAGGCAGGGCGCCAUCGCCUCCGCCGCACGCAGCAUACAUAAAACCAUACACUUCACAACGCCCGAUAAAUGAGAAUACGCAUGUUGCGAGACUACUCCGCGCAACAGCUCAGCCAGAUGCCGUCGUGGCCCGGCAUCACGUCGAAACUUACAUGCCCACAUCUUCGUCGUCCAGCAUAAACUCUUCCCAAUCACCACGUGUCAAGCCAGCAAUGGAUCGGGUAUCUUUCUCAUCCGAGGAAGGUCUCGCGUUUUCCAGUCCGCGUCAUCCUGCAGAUGUCCGCAGCAAGCCCUCGAGCUACCACCGGAGUCCCUUCGAUGACGCCGAGUCUCCACCGUCUGCCGCGUCCUCAAGAGCGCAAAGUAAAUACUGCUCGAGAGUCCGGGCCGAGACGAGAGGUGACCCGUUCGAAAGCCCAGAAACCGACAGAACGUCAAGCUCGCAUCCUCGAUCGGCCUCUCGUCCAUCGCUGGCAUCGACGCGGCCGACUCCUAUUCGCACCUACACAGAGCAGCGUGAGAAUAGGUCAACGAGGAUAGUGAACGCCGGCUUCGAGAUAUUACCAGCGGGGACCUUCGGCCGUCCAAGCGGUGACGACAACUCGCCAGGGCUCGCCAAAUAA